AUGCCACAAUUGGCAGAAAAUGGUGAUGCAAUGAUAAUUUUUCUAAAUGAUCCAUCCGAAAACAAAGAGAUUCUAAAGGAAGUUUUCAAUUUUUGUCUGAAAAAUAGUAUAAUCAAUAUUUUAGCUGUUUUUGGGGACUUUUCAGAGACAAAAAUUGCCUUCACUUAUAAACUUACUUUGCCGAAUUUUGAAAUCAUAAAAUUGAGAGUUGGUUAUCGGACCUCGUCAUACUUUCCCAAUCGAAGCAGAAACUUCCAGGGCCAACAACUUCGUGUCGUUUAUGGUGGGACUGAACCAAAAAUCAUAUUUUCUAAAAAUAAAAAAGGUGAACUCAUUAUAAAUGGUUAUGUGGCACAUUUCUUGGAAGCAUUGGCCAAAAAACACAACAUCACUCUAAUAAGAUCCAUUAUUAAUUACACCCACACGUCUAACCAGCUUCGUGAAUUGGUACGUAAUGGCAGUGUGGACAUUUCAGCUGCCGUUACAUAUCCUAUUAAACCUUUUAGUCAAUGGACAUAUCCUUUGGAAUUCAUUAACUGGUGUAUGAUGCUUCCAAUUGAGCCAAGCAUCCCUCGUUAUGAUAUCUUUUUGGAGGUUUUUCGUCCUGAAACUGUCCUCAUCACAAUGGUUACAAUUAUUCUUCUAUCGGCUAUUUUGGAGAUAUCAAAAUUACAAGCAGGAAGGAAAACCAAACUUCAAGGAUUCAUUGUGAAUGAUAAUUGCUUAAGAGGUGCAUUGGGCCAGCCUUUCAUAGAAUUACGAAAGGCUCCUCUCAGGAUUAAAUUGAUUUAUCUACAGAUUUGUCUUUUGGGAAUCAUCAUAACCACUUCAUACAAUUCAUAUCUCCAAACCUAUGUGACAAGUCCCCCAACAGUUGCAAAAAUAAAUUCUUUCGAUGAUCUUCUCAAGACAAAUAUCAAGAUUAUAAUGUUAAAGGAAGAAUUUGUUGAGCUAAUAAAAUCUGAUCCACGUUUCGGGAAUAAAUAUUUGAAAAUAUUUUAUUUGGAAGAAAAUUUCACCAGAUUCGUUAUGAAAAGAGAUUCUUUGGAUACAAAACUUGCCUACCCAGUGCCUCAAGUCAAAUGGGUUACAGUAAAAGAACAACAGAAAAUGUUCACUAAACCUCUAUUUCGUCAACCCGAAGAAAUGUGUUUUUUUGAUUUUUUUCCAGCAAAUUUUCCCAUCGAUGAGAAUUCUAUUUUUAUGGAUGUGAUAAAUUUUUUGAUAUUGGAAGUGCAAUCAUCUGGAUUAUUAGAAUAUUGGAAUCGACAUUGUUUUAAUGAAUUAAUUGAUUCGGGAAGAAUUAAACUUGAAGAUUUGUCUGGGAAGAAGGUUGAUUUUGUACCAAUGCAGGCGGAUCAUUUGAGACUUAUUUGGAAAGGUUGGAGUGGAGGAUUGUUUGUGGCAAGUUUAUGUUUUUUGGGUGAAAUUUUAAUAUUUCGAUGGAAGCAGCGAAGGGUUUUGAAAAUGUAA